GUGUUCGAUGUGUGCGAUCAAAUAGAUAAAUUUCAACCCACACGUUAGUGAUCUAAUCGUGCACCUCCACCAUAGGAACAGUGGUACGACACCGUCUGCUAGAGAGAGAGAUAGAGAAAGGGUGGGAGCGUGUUAUCAGCGCUGGCCGCUCUCAUUACUCCGCAACUUUCUUGCUUUAUUUCCACGAACCGGCGCGUGUGAUCGCGCGCGUGUGUGUGUGUGGUACGUUGGGGAGCUGGGUGAGACCAAAACGCAACCCGCUGAACGUGUGCGCUUAGCUCCGACCGCUACUCUCGUGCUUCAUUAGAGCGGGACCCUUUUCAGUGUGCUAAUUAAGCGAUCAGCCGCCGGCAGUCGGACGGACCAGGAGAGCCUGGAGCAUCGGUUGAACAUCCACUAAGAGACGAACGGAGCUUGGUCUAAACUGUUGUGUAAUAGAUAGUGUGAUAAGUAGUGUGCGCAAUAAAAAAGAGCAAAAACCCCAUCCCGUUAGCGUCAGGAUGUCACUGUGGGCCCGGGUAAAUCAGCUGCCGCAGCCGAUACUGGAGCAGAUACGCUUCAUCUAUGGCAGCAACUUCCCGAUAGAGGUGCGCCACUAUCUAGCAGAAUGGAUCGAGGAACGUUUGCUUAAUGCACCGGUGUACACGAACGAUCAGGAGGCGGUGUACGAGCAGGAUGCGGCCAACUUUCUCAACCAGCUCAUCAUGGAGCUGGAACGGACGGCGAUCAAUCUGCCGGAGACGAACUUCACCAUCAAGAUCCGGCUGAACGAAUCGGCCCGCAACUUCCGCCAGCUGUUCUCGCACAAUCCGGCCCAGCUGUACCAGCAUCUGAUGAACUGUCUGCACCGGGAGCGGCAGUGCGUCGCCUAUCCGGACGAGUGCGUGAAUGUGCAGGACCCGGAGGUGACGGAGGUGUUCAAUGCGGUUCAGCAGUUGCAGAUAAUGGUGCGCACGAACGAGAACGACAACCGGAACCUGAUGAAGGAGUACGAACAUUUGCUGCUGGAGGUGCACGAGCUGCAGAAGAACCGGGCCCAGCUGGAAACGAUCGAGAAUGCGGAAAUGAGGGCGCACGCCCAUAAUCAGCUCGCCCAGCACCAGAAGAUGGUGAACGAUCGGUUGCAGCUGUGCACCGGUAAGCGGCUCGCCCUGGUGGACGGGUUCAGAAAGACGAUACUGAUCACGGACGAGGUGCAGAACAAGGUGCUGAACAAGUACCUGUCGCAGUGGAAAAUUAAUCAGGGUUUCGCCGGCAACGGUGCGUCGAUGAUGAGCGCGAGCAAUCUCGACACCAUACAGGCAUGGUGCGAAAGCUUGGCGGAGAUCAUCUGGAGCACGAAGGACCAGAUACGGCUCGCGAUCAAGAACAAGUCGAAGCUGCAUGUGGAGCAGGAGGACGUGCCGGAUCUGUUGCCGCAGGCGAUGGUCGAUGUGACGAAUCUGCUGAAGAUGCUCAUCACCAACACGUUCAUUAUCGAGAAGCAACCACCGCAGGUGAUGAAGACAAACACGCGGUUCGCCGCUACCGUGCGCCUGCUCGUCGGCAACACGCUCAACAUCAAGAUGGUAAACCCGCAGGUGAAGGUGUCUAUCAUAUCCGAGGCCCAAGCUCAGCAAACGCAACAGACCAACAAAGCUUCCGAACAGUCGUGCGGUGAAAUAAUGAACAACAUCGGCAAUCUGGAGUACAACGAAACGACCAAGCAACUGUCAGUGAGCUUCCGAAACAUGCAGCUGAAGAAAAUAAAGCGCGCAGAAAAGAAAGGCACCGAGUGUGUGAUGGAUGAAAAAUUCGCACUACUCUUCCAGUCCAGUUUUGCCGUUGGACAUGGCGAUCUCGUUUUUUCGGUGUGGACUAUCUCCCUUCCGGUAGUGGUGAUCGUACACGGAAACCAAGAACCACAGUCAUGGGCCACCAUUACCUGGGAUAAUGCGUUCGCCGACAUAAACCGCAUCCCGUUCCAGGUGCCGGAUAAAGUGAUUUGGAACCAGCUUGCCGAAGCACUGAACAUGAAGUUCCGCGCCUCGACCGGUCGUUCGCUGACGGCGGAAAAUAUGCACUUCCUGUGCGAGAAAGCGUUUAAAACGAACCUGCCAUUCCCGGUACCGAAUGAUCUUACGAUCAUGUGGUCGCAGUUUUGCAAGGAACCGAUCCCGGACCGUUCGUUCACGUUCUGGGAUUGGUUUUACGCGGCGAUGAAGGUAACGCGCGAGCAUCUGCGCGGUCCGUGGAUGGACGGUAGCAUCAUCGGGUUCAUACACAAGUCCAAAGCGGAAGAUUAUUUGCUCAAGUGCCCGCGGGGUACCUUCCUGCUACGAUUCUCCGACAGUGAGCUCGGUGGCAUUACCAUUGCCUGGGUUAAUGAGGGUAACGACGGUCAGCCACAGAUACUGCACAUUCAACCAUUUACGGCAAAGGAUUUCUCCACCCGUUCGCUGUCCGAUCGCAUACGCGACUUUGACGAUCUCUUCUAUCUGUACCCGAACAAGCCGAAGCAUGAAGCAUUCGAUCGGUACACGACACCGGCGGGACCACCGCGAAACAAGAACUAUAUCGCGUCGGAGGUGCGUGCCGUACUGAUGCCUGGUCCGACCAACAACCAGAUGAAUAGCUUCCCGAACACACCGUCCUACAAUAUUCAAUCGCCAGAUGCGUCGCGCGAUACGCCCUCCAGCGGAUUUUCCAUGAGCUGUCGAACCGGCAAUUCCGUAGUGAGCGGUACGCAACACCGGUACGCAUCGAGCUUCGAGCCGUACGUGCAGUCGGACGGUAUCACACAAUCGGUAAUGAUGGCAACCGGCGGUACACUGUCCGGUUUGGUACGGCCACCGCCCGCCCUGAGCGUGCUGUCGACGAGUAGUAACUGUAGCAGUAGUACUACCGCCACCACCGGUCAUCACCAUCACCACAGCAUGAUGGAACAAUCACAUCACAGCCAUUUGACGGUCCUGCCGGCGCACAGCCCUGGCGGUGGGCAGAACCAUCACCGGCCACAGCACUAUGAGGAUACGUCUCUCAGUGACUGCGGUCUCGAUGGGACCGAACACCGGAUGCAACAGCAACCAUUACCGUCCGUACCGGCAGCGUUCUCGUUUACCGGCAUGACCUUUACGAACAGUGGUGAGCAACAGAGCGUACCGGACGGUGGUGGCAGUAACCAGCAGAGGGCAGUCGCCCAACCGUCCAGCUCGUCCGGUAUGACGACGAAUAGCAGGGUCGCCACCACCGCCGCCACCCGCCGAAAUGACAAUGGUGGUGAGAGUGUGUCCACCUCCUCCCGCACGACCUCGUUAUCAUCCACCGCUACUACUGCUUCCACGUCAACCGCUAUGGACUUUGCCGGUUUAGAGGAACUUAACUGGCUGGACAUGAACAACAACAGUAACUGGAUCGGUGACGGAUCGUCAUGAGGGACGGUGGUGGGAUGGCAUGGAGACGAGCGCGAUCUCCGUCCCUGCUGUGCUGCGUCACUUUACCCUUUCGCUUCGUCCCUUUACGGCACCUUUCGGGUUGAAUUAUGCGCAACGUAAGAUGAUUUCAAGGUUAUGUUUUGGUCUUGGUCAAGCCACUACACGCACACUUUGAUAAACGUUGCAUCCGUCUGGCGUUAUCCUCGGGGACGGGGAAAGCUAUACAUCCGCGAGUGGUGGGUGCGUUUGGGAGCCGGGGGAGAGGGUUUUGUCACACGGACGAAAAAUGUUCAUAGUCAUACUCGUUUUGAAACUGUACGAAAUAAAUUCCACGUUUGUCCUACCCUUUGCUGUCACUGUAGAAUGUGUGAGCGCGUGUUAGCGGAAUAACAACAACAAAGAAUAUACUGUCAGGGUGUCACUCGUAUGUGUGCAUGGAUCUAUCAGAAAGAACGUGAUCUCCUUGUGUGAGAUCCUACAGCACGAGGAUCCUUUCGUUUGCGAUGGUCCGUAGAAGCGAAAAACACACCACCCAUCCACCCACCUACACACACACAUACACACACAUACGCGUAACGUUGCACUCUGUGGGCAAUCGUUGCAAGUUUGGCCUUACUUUUGUAUUUUAAUUGUUUUACUGGCGUCUGACAGCACCCAAUAACCCCAGGUCUGAUUCUACUACCCCUAUACCUUAACCGUUGAUGUUUCGAUUAGUGUUAUACACAUAGCUCUGCACAGAGCACUCUGGAUAUACAAUAUACGCAACAAAAAAACAAACUCUUUUACUGUAAGGCCAAUAGCAGCCCUGUACCGCUGGGUUACCCAACUGCUGUAUAGGAUGGAAGGGAAGUUUAACAGUAUAAGUUAGUAAUAAUACU